AUGUACUCUCUCGGCCUUGACCUCUUCGACUUCGCCGCCGUCAAGCGCUUGGUUUUUCGCACCUUCAGCGGCGGUAAUGCUCCCCCUCAGGCCGCCGACCAGCCUCUCGCGUGGGUUAAGACUGUCCUUACUCCUACCCGUACCCUUCGCGGAACCCCCACCACGACGUAUGGUGCUGGGUCCUCUGGCACUAUCGACAGUAUUUUGGCUCUAAUCAUCUUCAUCACUGCCUCGUUCUUCCUGUUCACUUCGGUCGGCCCUCUCAGACGCCAGGGCGAUGGCGCCGUCUUCACCGUUCAGUGGAGUUGCGAGCUCCUCUCGUUUCUCAUCUUGAUUCCUCAGUUGUUUUCCAUCAACGUCGCUUCAAGUCUAUCGUCUCACGCCUAUCAUUGCGUGGUAUAUCUCAUCCAAUCCUCGCUGCGUGUCGCCUCCCGGCCCCUUCAGCUCGCCCUAUUCCUCGUUUUCGGCCUUCAGGAUCUUCAUAGCGCACAAGUGGUCAAUGAGAAGGUGAUUCUCACCUCGGCGCUUCUGUCCUGGUUCCUCGUCAUCUCCUCGGCCUUCCACCUCUCCUGGAGCCUUCUCGCCAGACUUAAUCACUGGCAUACGGGGCAUUCGCGUUCUGCUAUCUCUUCCCUCGUCUCCGCCGGUGUACUUGUCGCCUCAUGGAUCGCUCUCCACAAUUUAGAGCACAAGUUCCACCUCAAUGCCGUCCCUCGAAGAGGACAGGAAGGCAUGUUUCCAAUGGAGGCACACAUGACAUCGGAGGCCGUCUUGAUGGCGUUGGAAGCGUGGACGUUUACUGUGUGGUAUUGCCUGGGCAUUCCGAACACGCUUGUGAACUCGGCGGGAAGGAUUACGAAGGUCGUCCCUGCGCCUUUUUCAUUCGCUCUAAUUUUUGCCGUGGUCAUCAAUGCGUCGAUCCAGGUCGCAGCCAGAUGUAUCAAGACCCGUGUCCGAAAAGUCCGAUCGGAAGUCGCAUUCAUCCUCCUGUCGUGCCGAAUUUUCACCAAGGUCCCUUACUAUGCUAAGUAUCACAGUGGUGCUUCUAGAGUGGUCUUCUCUUCAGGUGUUCGCCGCCGAUCUAUCGCGGCGCCCGUAAUCAUGCCCUCAGUGGACAGUAACGAGAGCUUGUUCGGAGGUCUCCGUUCUGCGCUCAACGCUCUGAAGGAGGAGCGGGAGGAGGACUACCGGGAUGUUCGCCGAGAGCAAAGAGAAGCACGCAAAGCCUUUUCGUGUGCUUCUACUGGGAUGAGAGUUGUGGCUGAUAAUCUACGAGCGCUAAAUGCACUGCUCCCCGCUGCUACACCAACAUCGACGAGUCUCACAACGGACGUACAUCACAGGGAAGAAUCCGUCCAAUACAGUUUCCUAGACCACUUCUCGCCAUUGUCCACGUCGUCCUCGGUUCGCUCCAACGGCUGCCCUCCUACAGCAAGUACGUCGGACAACGGGGAAGACUGGCUCCAGGCACACCUUCCCCCGCUAUCGGCGUCUCCGUCCGCGCUUGCGGACAAUUCCUAUAGCUUCCUUGCCAACUUCUCUCCUAUGUCCACCUCGACGUCUGUUCACUCGAAUGGCAAUCCCUCUACACCAAAUACGGCGGGCAACGAGGACGACUGGCUCCUGGCACACCUUCCUGCGCUGUCGGCGUCUGCGUCUACACUUUCCGACGGUGCCUCCGGCUACACGAGCGAUUCGGACAUCGACGAAGGGAAGAUCAGUGCCAUUGCCGCCGAAUUCGCGGCUCUCCACCCUGACUGGCGUAUGGAGGACGCCCAAGGCGAUGAGGAGUACGUCUGGGACGACGAGCGUCAAGACGCGGAGGCGCAGUACGAGGAGGCACGGUUAGCGGACGACUUCGACGAAGAUGUCCUUCCCAGCUCAGAUUCGUGCGGCUCCGAUAUGGACCUUGAAGAGGAAGACUAUUCCAACCGGUCUCGUAUUGCUGUCCCCUCUGUCCCAGCAGCCGCCUUUACGCGUAGUUCUCUCCAAGCCCUUCCUAGCACCUUCAAGACCCGUUUCUGGGGGGCGGUUACCGAUGAGAUGGAAACCGCAUUCCAUGCCACUGCGAAGGCUUGCCCGGUCUUGGUCAACUGA